UUAUUCUUCUCCUCCCCAAGGACGCAAACUACCCACCUUCUAUAAUAUCUUUCAACUGCCUCAUACAGAGCAUCACAAGUAAUUUCAGAGGCAGAGGUGAUUGAUCACAAUGCCGGAGGCUGGAGCUCGAAAACGUGUGAUGCCCCCGAUGCAGGGCAAGGUGCCGAGAUUUGUAUGCGGAGUGAUAACAUGCAUAAUAGUGGUGGUUGGUCUAGUGGUGCUCAUCGCAUGGCUCUCUCUGCAGCCCCACAAGCCCAAGUACUAUUUGGAGUACGGCUCCGCCUCCUUCUUGAAAGUCUCUGACGAUGGCAUGGUGAGCGCCAAAAUGCAGUUCAAUCUGACCACCAGGAAUUCCAACAAGAAAAUCGGCAUAUACUAUGACAGAAUAGCGGUCAUGAUGUCCUACGAUGGGGACUACUUUGCAUGGGGGUCGAUGCUUCCAUUCUACCAGCACCACAAGAACACCACUUAUUUGCACACCAAUCUGUAUGGGGAGAUGGUUAACCUGCAAGGGGCAAAGUCCCACGAUUUGAGGUUGGAGCAUUCUUCUGGGAAAGUGGAUCUGGUGUUGGAGGUGUAUGCAUCUGUGAGGUUCAAGGUGGGGAGCUGGAAGUCCGGGCAUUACACGCUCCGAGUCAAGUGUCGCAAUGCCAAAUUGGACGUGACCAACGGAACUUUCCAACGCACCAAAUGCAAGGUCAAGGUCUAAGGAUUGGAUUCUGGAUCGCUUGCUCUGCUACUUUUAGGGUACUGGGUUUGCCUCUGGUUUUAUAGUUUGUAUGAUUGAUUGCUUGGUUUCUUUCACAAGGCGUGCAUGGACGGUGAAGGUCGUUGUGGAUUUUUUCCAUUUUUAAUUAGAGGAUUGUAAGUGUUUAUCAAUGGUGUAAGUUACAAAAUUUGUAAACUUGUGUUGUAGGGGUGAGGGUUCAAUAGUAAUUGUGCAGGUUAAUUUUGUAAGCAUGUAUCAAUUUUUAUUGUCAUAAAUUUCGUAGAGAUGAAUUAAAUUUUUUUAUUUUUAUUAACA